AUGGGGGAUGGCAGUAUUACUCCCAGGCUCGGCAACAUGAAAGCGUUACUUGGGAUAGUUGCUGGAGCUGGUGCUUCCUACGGGUUAUACAAACUCAUGAGCGGGGGAAGCUUCAAGAGAAACAAAAGUGCUUCCUCUCAUAGUCCUGGUGUCAGGAACAGUCAGCCCAUUGAUGUUACCCUACAGCCGGGCAGCCUGCUGGCCAGAGUGUCUGGACUGGAUGUUGUGUGCCCCCAACCAGUGGAUGUUGCGUCAGCUGACAUCACCCACCAGUCCCCAGGCAACCUUGAUACACAGCACUUGAAAAUGCUGCUGUCAUGUUUGCAGACCAGCAAUAAUCCACCCGACAGAUGUCGAAUCCUACUUACGUUAGGAAAUUGUGCUGCCUUUACUGUGAAUCAGAAUCUAAUACGGGAAUUUGAAGGCAUUCAUAUCAUAGCUGGUUUCCUCUCUGAUCCUGUGGCAGAGGUUAGAGUGCAGAGUCUAAAUGCUUUAAAUAAUCUGUGUAUGAACAUCCAGAACCAGGAACAUAUAAAGAUUUAUGUGCCACAAGUGCUGGAGCUGAUAGAGAUGUCACCAGUGAAUUCUGACCUUCAGCUUGCUGCUCUCAGGCUGCUGACAAACCUUUCAGUCACAGAUAAACAUCAACAUUUGCUUAAGGAAUCAAUUACACUUUUACUGUCUCUACUUGUCGUGACUAUUGAAGAAUUACAGGUUCAGACUUUGAAAGUCCUUGUGAAUUUGUCAUCCAAUCCAGAUAUGAUGGAUGACAUUGUUCAAGCUCAGGCACCAGCUUCUGUUGUGCUGCUGUUUGACGCACGAACAGCCCCUGCGGUGCUUCUGAGACUACUGACCUUCGCAGGGAACUUAAAGGACUGGAGGCCCUCAGCCCAGGUGGCUGAUGAACUGAGGCGUAAGCAGGAUUGCCUUUUCCGGGUCAUGUUAGAUGAGUCUUCCCAGCUGCACAGCAGACUGGUCCAGCUGCUUUCACACCCUGAUGGGGAGAUUCAGUCCCAGGUGGCCCGCAUCUUGACAUAGACUUCCUUGAUCUUGAUCCAUGCAGAGCUUUUUCUUUCACACAUUUUGCCAAAGCCACCAACCCAUCAACCCAUCCACCUUCAAGUUCAGUUGUAAAUCUGUGGAUACUCAGAUUAUACUCUUGCACGCUCUAUAUCUACAGCUUUCACUAAAUCAGUAUCAUUAACAUACAUAAUUAAAUGAUAUUUUCCACCUCACCAGCCACUCUUCCAAUUCCUAUUUCCCCUUUCUUACACUACAAAAAGCCCAGAGGAAACUGGAAUAAACCAUUCAUUCACUAGAAUAUAAAAAAGGCCACGUCUCCCUGUUUUUUCUUCCCUGCCACCAAGAGUUCUUCUCGUUGCCAGAGACUACUUGCCUUCAAGAAUCCACAGUGCCCCUUCUUCUGAGAACUUCACCUGCUUUUGCUGAAGACACAUUCCAGGUGACAUUUCUGGACCCAAACCCACUGCCAAACAGUUUCCAGAAAAUGUGUCAGAAUGACUUGUGCAGCACGACCCAACUUACUUACAACUUCCCUGUGGCUCAGAGAAACACUCCGAUGGAGAGUCUGAGAGGUUUCUUGCCGCGCACCUUAGCAUGCCUUAGAGACGUGAAUGAAUGGAUGCACUACAUCUCCAGUCCUCCUUUAUUUACAUGUUGGAUUUAAAGAUCAUGGUCUUUAAGGUCAUUUAUUUAUGUUUUUAAUUUAAGAAUCAGUGCAUCAUGACUUUAGAAGAGCCAAAGUUAGGUCAACUUACAUAGUGGUUGGCCUCACAUUCAAGUUCAGUGUAUUUGGGAAGAACUUGGUUGAAACACCACCUCCCCUGCAUUAAGAAGAGCUAGUACAGGUGGUUGGUAAACCUGGUAAGGAUCUCAGACAACACCUGUAAAGGCCAGCGGGAGGAGUUGGAGGAAGUAGCAGGGGGAAAAAAGAUUAUGAUUUACUAUGAUUGAUUCAGCUAUCACAAAUAGCAUACCAGAUAUGCAUCUUGGAAAUUAAUGAAGGAGGGGUUAACCUCUGAUAAAGCAGUCUGUAAUCAGAUCACUGCAUUUUAAAAUGUGAAUGCAUACAAUGCUUAUUAAAUUACAACAGAGAU